AUGAAGAAGAAUGGGUAUGGUAGUGAGCUUUAUGGUAAGAAUAUGUGGUGUGCUGCCAAGAGCUUCACAAUUGAUAAGUUCAACUACUUCAUGGGCAAGAUAGAGGAGAAAGAUCCUAGUGCACUUGAGUGGUUGGAUGAGCAUCAUCCAUUUGUUUGGAGUAGAAGCAAAUUCUAUGAAGAUUGCAAGAUAGAUUACAUCAACAAUAAUCUUUCUGAAAGUUUCAAUAGUUGGGUGUCAAAAACCAAGGAUUUUCAGAUUGUUGAGAUGCAUGACAAGAUAAGACAGAUGAUCAUCAAGAAAAUGGUUUUGAGGGCCAAAAUUGGUAGAAAAAUGUCAGGAUACAUCAUCCCAGAUAUCAUCAAUGCUCUGAAUGCUAAAACCAAGACUAUUAAGGACCAUGAGGUGUUGAUAUGUGGGGCUGGAACAGCAGAAGUAACAGUGAACAGAUUCAGACAUGCAGUUAAUUUGGAACAAAGGACAUGUACUUGUAGAGCUUGGCAAGUGACUGGAAAGCCCUGCACUCAUGCUCUAGCUUUUAUUGCUAGGCUUAGCAGGCAUGCAAAGAUGGAUGAAUUUAUUGAUGACUACUUCUCUGUUGAUAGGUUUAGGAAGGCAUAUGCAGGUACUUUCAAUCCUAUGACAUCUAAGGAUAGUUGGCCACGUGUUGAUUUAGGCUACAAAGUCAAGAAACCUAAAUUGAGAAGGAAACCAGGCAGACCAAGAAUAUCUAGAAUGAAGUCAUAUGAUGAGGCUGGCACUAGCAAAAAGAGGAAGCCAUGUUCUGAAUGUAAUGAACUAGGCCACAUAGCCAAGCAUUGCCAAGGAGGUCUCACUGCAAGUCAAAAGAGGAAGAUUUCAGCUUCACAAAAUGGAUCAUCUUCACAAACCUUAGGGUGA